CAAAAUCGCCGUAGGAAGUAUUCUAGAAGAAAAUGGCGGAAGGUGGAGUCCCCGAUGUCGAAACGCAGAAAUCUUUUAUCGCUAAUCAGCUACAAAAACCUUUGAUCAAAGACGAAAUAUGGUACAUAUUGGAUGUAAAAUGGUUCAAACAAUGGAAGAGUUAUGUGGGAUAUGAAUCCUGGGAUCAUUAUAAUGUUGGGGAGGAAAGUGCAAAUCCCGGGCCCAUUGAUAACACACCAAUAUAUCAAGAGGGUACCCAAAAGUUAAAAGAACAUUUGAUAGAUGAUCUAGACUAUGGACUAAUUCCAGAUGAAGGUUGGAAUAAACUUUACUCCUGGUAUGGCAUGUUGGAAGGACAGGAGCCCUUGCCAAGAAAGGUGAUCGAGGAGGGAGUGUACUCCAAGUCAUUGAAGGUGGAAGUUUAUCCCUGGCAUCUGAAAAUAUGUGAGAACUCCAAACCUGACGAACAAAUCAACAAACAGUUCAGCAGAUCUGAUACAAUUGAACAAUUAGAGAAGGAAAUGAGAAAAGAGUUUAAUAUACCGGAUGAUAAGGAAGUAAGAUUGUGGAAUAGAUACAUGACUAACAUGUACGAACAGCUAAAUAAGAAGGAUAACACAUUACAAGAUGCGGGGCUGUAUCAGGGACAGGUGAUAGUUAUUGAACAGAAAAAUGAGGAUGGAACUUGGCCUAGACAAACUCCACAAAAGAACUCUUACUCCACAAGUUCAGCUUCAGGGACCUCUUCUCUCUCCACAAGAUCGGGAAAUACGUAUGGGGGUGGAAGUAGUUAUGGUUACGACCCUGGACGUGGAAAUGUUACCCAAGGACUGUGUGGUCUCUCCAAUAUUGGUAACACGUGCUUUAUGAACUCUGCAUUACAGUGUAUGAGUAAUGUACCAAAAUUGACGGAGUAUUUUGUUUCGAACAAAUGGGCCGAUGAAAUUAACGAAGAUAAUCCACUUGGAAUGCAUGGAGAGAUUGCCAGAUCAUAUGCUGAGCUUAUACAGACCAUGUGGUCAGGAAAAUACAGCUUCACUGUGCCAAGAAACUUCAAGUAUGCUGUCGGUAGAUUUGCUCCACAAUUUUCUGGCUAUCAGCAGCAAGAUUCACAAGAGUUAAUGGCCUUUCUUCUAGAUGGAUUACAUGAAGACUUGAAUAGAAUCAAGAAAAAACCAUAUGUGGAGCUCAAAGAUGCUGAUAACAGACCUGAUGACGUGGUUGCUAAGGAGGCCUGGGACAGUUAUAAGUUGAGGAAUGACUCCAUCAUCACAGACAUAUUUCACGGGCUUCUCAAAUCUACGGUCAAAUGUCCAGAAUGUGACAAGAUCUCCGUCACGUUUGACCCGUUCUGUUACCUGUCACUGCCGCUCCCCGUGAAGAAAGAACGUCAGUUAGAAGUGUUCUGGGUACCUCUAGAUCCUGCCAAAAAACCAAUGCAGUUCAAGUUAACAGUACCAAGAUGGGAUAACCAUAGAUUUCACAAAGUGUUUGCCAUGUCCGAGGCCAUAAGUCAGAUUAUGGAUAGAGAUGAUAUCUUUAUUUACCAGGUUCCUGUCAACUCUCACGAUGACCAUGAUCUAGUUGUAUUGCCUAUCUACAUGAGGCAAGAGAGGGGAAAGGCAACAUACAGCCAGUCAUAUAUAGGAACAUACCAGUUAUUUGGUCAACCAUUGUUAUUACCAGUACCAAGACAAAAAUGUACCUAUAAACAGCUGUAUGAGUUAGUGCUUCAAAGGCUCUCACGUUUUGUAACUGUGCCAGCUGAUAAUGAGAAAUGGUGGGUGAUGGAGACACAGGACGAGGAUGUGGAGAUUGUCUCCACCACUCAAGAAGAGGAGGAAAGUAACGCAACAAACAUGAAUGGACAGGGAGAUUCUGUCGUUUGUAAUGGAGUUCGGGAUACAGGUGAUGAUUCUGGAAUGGAAGUUAGUAACGGUGACAGUACUAAUAGUGAGAAUUCCUCGGACAACGAAAAUAACAAAUUUUCAGACAUAAAUGGUCAAACAGAUAGUGAUAAAGAAAUAGAAAAACCUAGAAAACUUUUUAAAUUCUCAGUAGUGAAUUCUUAUGGCACAGCGGAAAUGGAUAAUAAAUUCAAAGAUGAUGACAACCCUCUGAAACUGAGUAGUCGUAUGUACAUAUCAGUGGACUGGAGCAAUCUAGCUAAAGAACAUUUUUACUGUGAUAGUGAAGCAGAGUCGUUUGAAAUGCACGACACAAUGAAAAAUAAACCUCAGAAAAAAGUAGUCAUUCAACUAAAUGAUUGUCUAGAACUGUUCACCACCACAGAGAAACUGGGAGAAAAUGAUCCUUGGUACUGUCCAAAAUGUGAGAAGCAUCAACAGGCAACAAAGAAGUUUGAUCUGUGGUCGUUACCAGAUACACUGAUCAUACACCUGAAGAGAUUUUCCUACAACCGUUACUGGAGGGAUAAAAUUGAUGCCCUUGUCGAGUUUCCAGCAAAGGGCAUUGACCUUGGCAAGUUUGUUAUAUCUCCAGCAGAUAAAUCAGAGUAUGUUUAUGACCUUAUUGGAGUGUCCAACCAUUAUGGUGGUCUAGGAGGCGGCCAUUAUACUGCAUACUGUAAGAAUGCUGUAGAAAAUGCCUGGUACUAUUUUGAUGAUUCAAGUGUGUCCGAGUCUUCUGAGGAAGCCACUGUGUCAAAGGCUGCAUAUGUACUGGUAUAUCAGAAACGUGGCACUUGGAAGAACAUCAAGAACACCACAGCACCUUCCUCAACCACAACAUCUGAGGGCAUUGAAAUCAACGGCUUAGACACGGAAAAAGGAGAUGGUGAGGCAAACAAAAUGGAAGUGAAUUGAUACGGAAUUUAUUAGGAGUGCAAAUUUACAUUUAUUAUUUAUUUUGUAUUUAUCGGUCUUGUGAUAGGGACCCUUGGAUUUUAUAUUUUGAUGUGUACACAUUAGCAGAUGUUAUAUUAUUUGAUAAAUCCAAGAUUAUACAUUUGUUUUGCUAACCGUAUUAAGACAGAAACUGUGUUUUGUUAUAGCCAUAUCCUUAAAACCAGGCUGUUUUUUU